AUGGACCGGUCGCUUGCGACUUUGUUGCGGUCAUUGCAGACAUCAGAUAUUCCCGAGGAUGCUCUCCGGUUGCUGCCAACUGCCACCAGCCUCUUGUCGCGUCUUUCGAACCCUCUCAAUGUCACCCUGUUGACUUCGCGCCUCCUCGCGAGCGAUGUGCUCUACCCGCAACCGACCGUGCUUGUGUACUGCAGGCAGAUCUUCAGCGUCUUCUAUACUGCCGUGUUGCGCUUGAUUGAGGACAAAUCCAGCGCUGUGCAAAAACGUCUCCAGAGCAAUCUCUCUGUGUCGGAAUGGACGAGGGCUGUGGUCAGAGGAGCAGACGAGAAGUCACCACGAUGGAGGCAUACUUUAUUGCUGGGGGCGCUUCUUCUGGGCCUGCAGUCGAAGGACUUCGAAGGCAUGUCCACCGAUAUCAGGAAGAGGCUGGAGGCUGCACUUGUGUUUGCGUCCAACAUUGCCUUGCAACAGAAAGACGCCGACCCGAACUGCGAGCUGGCUGUGGUCUUCGUUCUCAAUCAUACAUUUCCCCUACUUUCAGACUCUCACAGGGCUCAGGUUCACUAUGACCUGUUACUCCCCGUGUUGAUCGACGCGACGUUCUUCUCGCCAGAAGGCCUAGAGCAUGGCUACUGGCUAGGGGUCAUCGACAACGAUGUCCGACCGUCGCCAGGACAAAGGUUCAACUGGCCCUCAACCUCCAACUCAUUUCGCAAAGUCACCGAAAUCAAGGCCAGGACACUGGUGGGAGGCCUCGGUUCUCUGUCACGGCUGAUUGCCCAUAGCAUCGACAAUGUCGGUGACAGAAUGAUGAUGAUUUACAGUAUCAAUCGGAUAGCCGAAUUUGCCAGGACUCUUGCCACAUCCUGGAGACAGAACAAGUUGUCCGAGGUCGAUCCUAGGGAAGAAGCACAAUAUCUGGACCAGGAGACGGUCCAAAAGACUCUUCCGGUCCUCCUUCAAGUUCUUCGGGAUUCAAUGUUCUCCGUCAUCGCCAUUCUCCGACCAGUGUUAGGCCGGCUGCUGUGUGACGGGGUGCUGGCGGCGGGUACAAAUGCUCCUGGAAUCGCCAUGCAAUGCUUGCACAUCCUUCGCGACACUUACUUUGCAGCGCAUCGGUUCGGGUUGACGUCCUCUUCUCCGUAUGUUUUUGUUAACUUUACUGCCAUUGACAUCCUCAGUCAAUAUCCGCCACAAUCGGAGAAUUUCCUGGAAAACAUUCGUCCUGUCGAUAUCGGCCGGAUUCCUCCUCAUCCACUUGAUCGACUGCAGGACCUCUUCUUCCUCAACACUGCAGAGCACUUCACCCUGGUACUGGCACCGCGAACAAACCAAGGACUUCUUUUCAAUGCGGCAGCGCCGUAUGUUGAUCCGCAUGGAGAUCCACAACUAGGUGAGAUCUUCGAAGCCGCACACAGUGUCAUGCUAGCUAUCCUUGCCGCACCGCAAAAUGCAGAGUUGGCCAACAAGAAUGUCCCAUUCUACAUCGAGACCUUGCUCCAGAGUUUUCCCAGACCAUUGACAGCGCGACAAUUCCGGUUGGCUAUCAAGUCUGUCGUGCGACUGGCGGCGCCACCAUCUCCGAUUGCGGUAUCCAUGCCCCUCAUGCAGGCCAUAGUGCUUGACCUGCUCAGAGAACGAAUGGACAACGCUUCGGAGGAGCUGCUGCCUCCCAACCCCGAUCUGCCCGUGGAGAACAACGAGCCAUCGUCUGAAAAGACAGUCUUACUUCUUUCAAUCAUCGAUUGCUUGAGCAGCCUGCCGAUUUCGCUCCUGGAGGAAUGGCUCCCUUUGACUGCAGAGUUACUACACAAAAUCGGGAAUGCACGUCAAAGACAACAAUGCCAGCAUCGACUAUGGGACACACUCAGCAAUGGUGAAAUGGAUGUUGAGCGAGCGCCGCUCUGCCUUGCUUGGUGGACUUCCAGGGGAGGCCGUGAGCAUGGCAUGCUCGGAGAACAGCCGGGAGAUCAGGAUUACACUAUGAGUGGUGCAUUGCAUCUUGACAGCAAGCUUUGA